AUGGCGGAGAAAAAGCCCGUCGUCGUCAUCGUCCCUGGUGGCUUCUGCAGUCCCGAAGUCUACCAGCCGGUCGCCAACAUUCUGGAGCAAGAUGGAUUCACUGUCAUCAUCCCAACAUUGACGGUUACUAAAGAUCUCACUUCCAAAGAUCCUGCAAGCCCAGAGUUCAAAGAAUUAGCUACCAAAGGUCUUCUUGAUGACGUAAAAGAGAUCCACGACCGUCUAGCUUCGGAGCUCGAUCAAGGGUCUGAGAUUGUUAUCUUUGGACACAGCUACGGAAGCCUCCCCGGAUUGCUCUCUAUUGAAAGGCAUACGGUCAAGGACCGUCAAGCAAAAGGUCUGUCCGGUGGCAUCAAAGCUUAUAUCGCCGUCGCUGGGUUUCCAUUCGCACAGAGAGGGAUGAACGUUCUAGGCAACACAGAGCCAGCGCCGCCAAUGCCAUAUCACGAGCUUCAGGAUGGGAUUUUUUACAUGACAGAAGCAGCGAAGCCUCUCUUCUUCAGUGACCUCUCCCCCGACAAACAAGACGAAGCGUGGAAACUUGUUCUACGAAGUCAAAGCCAGAAGAGCCUCAGCGACGUAUCCGAGUUUAUCAACUCUGACGUCACGAUUCCAAAGACUUACGUUAUUUGUGAGAAAGAUCACGUUGUUCCCCCGGAGGUACAGGAGAUGUUUAUCCAGGCUGGAGGUUUUGACAAGGUGGAGAGGCUGCCGUCCGGACAUUUUCCUUUUGUAAGCAUUCCUGAAGAGACGGCCAGGAUGUUUGCAGAAAUUACGUUGCGGUAA